CUGUACUUGUUCAACAGCGGAUGCAUGCCGAAACUCGAAAUGGCAGUUGCUCAAAUAUGCUGUCUUCUUCUGAUAUUAUUUCUCACACGAGUAGAUGGUCAAGCAUGCCAAAUUCCCGGAAUCUCAUGUGUUAGCAACUGUAACGCCGCAGGAGUAAUUCCCGCUCUCACGUGUCCAAUGGGUCAGGUGUGCUGUUUAGAUCCCUUUAUUAUACCAACAACGACCAUACCACCCUGCACUAGAGCCGGGAUCGGAUGUGUUGCCAGUAGUAACUGUAACCCCAUAGGAAUUAUUGCUGCUCGCCAGUGUCCAAGUGGUCAGGUGUGCUGUGUCAAUGCCUUUACAUUAGCAACAACAACGACCCUAGCAGCAACGACCCUUCAACCCUGCACUGGUGCCGGAAUUUCAUGUACUGUUGCUGGUAACUGUAACUCCAUUGGAAUUAUUGCUUCUCGCCAGUGUCCAAGUGGUCAGGUGUGCUGUGUCAAUGCCUUUACAUUAGCAACAACAACGACCCUAGCAGCAACGACCCUUCAACCCUGCACUGGUGCCGGAAUUUCAUGUACUGUUGCUGGUAACUGUAACUCCAUUGGAAUUAUUGCUUCUCGCCAGUGUCCAAGUGGUCAGGUGUGCUGUGUCAAUGCCUUUACAUUAGCAACAACAACGACCCUAGCAGCAACGACCCUUCAACCCUGCACUGGUGCCGGAAUUUCAUGUACUGUUGCUGGUAACUGUAACUCCUUUGGAAUUAUUCCUAGUCGCCAGUGUCCAAGUGGUCAGGUUUGCUGUGUCGAUGUCUUUACAUUAGCAACAACAACGACCUUAGCAACAACGACCCUUCAACCCUGCACUGAUACCGGAAUCUCAUGUACUGUUGCUGGUAACUGUAACUCCUUUGGAAUUAUUCCUAGUCGCCAGUGUCCAAGUGGUCAGGUUUGCUGUGUCGAUGCCCUUACUUUAGCGACGACAACGACCUUAGCAACAACGACCCUUCAACCCUGCACUGAUACCGGAAUCUCAUGUACUGUUGCUGGUAACUGUAACUCCUUUGGAAUUAUUCCUAGUCGCCAGUGUCCAAGUGGUCAGGUUUGCUGUGUCGAUGCCCUUACUUUAGCAACGACAACGACCUUAGCAACAACGACCCUUCAACCCUGCACUGAUACCGGAAUCUCAUGUACUGUUGCUGGUAACUGUAACUCCUUUGGAAUUAUUCCUAGUCGCCAGUGUCCAAGUGGUCAGGUUUGCUGUGUCGAUGCCCUUACUUUAGCAACAACAACGACCUUAGCAACAACGACCCUUCAACCCUGCACUGGUGCCGGAAUCUCAUGUACUGUUGCUGGUAACUGUAACACCUUUGGAAUUAUUCCUAGUCGCCAGUGUCCAAGUGGUCAGGUUUGCUGUGUCGAUGCCCUAACUUUAGCAACAACAACGACCUUAGCAACAACGACCCUUCAACCCUGCACUGGUGCGGGAAUCUCAUGUACUGUUGCUGGUAACUGUAACACCUUUGGAAUUAUUCCUAGUCGCCAGUGUCCAAGUGGUCAGGUUUGCUGUGUCGAUGCCCUAACUUUAGCAACAACAACGACCUUAGCAACAACGACCCUUCAACCCUGCACUGGUGCCGGAAUCUCAUGUACUGUUGCUGGUAACUGUAACACCUUUGGAAUCAUCCCUAGUCGCCAGUGUCCAAGUGGUCAGGUUUGCUGUGUCGAUGCCCUAACUUUAGCAACAACAACGACCUUAGCAACAACGACCCUUCAACCCUGCACUGGUGCCGGAAUCUCAUGUACUGUUGCUGGUAACUGUAACACCUUUGGAAUUAUUCCUAGUCGCCAGUGUCCAAGUGGUCAGGUUUGCUGUAUCGACGCCCUUACUUUAGCAACAACAACGACCUUAGCAACAACGACCCUUCAACCCUGCACUGGUGCCGGAAUCUCAUGUACUGUUGCUGGUAACUGUAACUCCUUUGGAAUUAUUCCUAGUCGCCAGUGUUCAAGUGGUCAGGUUUGCUGUAUCGAUGCCCUUACUUUAGCAACAACAACGACACUAGCAACAACGACCCUUCAACCGUGCUCGUGUGUUUUGCCUAACAGAUGUCCUCCCAUAGCAGUUCUACCUGGAAGACAGUGUCCAAUUGGACAGCAGGUGUGCUGUACCAAUGUUAUAGUCACUCAAUAAGAACUCCAAGGAUGAGGAUUAACCGACACAGAGUACGAAGCCCGAGAUCACGCGUCAUUGUCUGUAUAAACACUCAUGUGAAUAAAAAGGUAGCAC